CGCCAAAAAUAAAUCACCACCAAAAUAAAGUAUAGCCGAAACAGAGUAAGAAAAGAAUUUCGUUUCCACUGGAAUCUCGAUUUUCUACCGAUGGUUGCAACCGAACCGGAACAAAAUUCAAAUCACGCUAUUUCUAUUGUGCUUAACGGUGGUCUCCAAUUGCAAGACAGACAUAUCGUCGGAGAUGGAGAAAUCUGCGACGCCGGCUACCGGUAAGGUUAGCAAUCACAUACCUGAUGAUGUUGCAAUCUCCAUUCUAUCAAAUUUGCCUCUUAAAUCUUUGAAGCGAUUUGAAUCUACAUGUAAAUCAUGGUCAAUGUUAUUUCAAAACCCUUAUUUCAUGAAAAUCUACCGGAAUCGAAUCAUACAAGGAAAUCAUUCUGAUCAUGCUGAUGCAUCUCUCAUCUUACGGCAUACUAUCGUGUUGGACAAUGUAGUUAGGCCCGUGGUUGAACCCCUAUUCCAGUCCACGUUGUAUUUCAUUUCUGGUGAGAAAUUUGAGAAUAGGGUUAAAUUAAAUUUGUCACUCCCGUUUCAAGUGCUUGGCCAAGAUAUUUAUAUUUUGGGGUCUAUUAGUAUCAAUGGCUUUCUUUGUCUCUCUAAUUUAUUGGAUGAUGAGAGAAAAGCUGUAUUGUGGAAUCCAACCACCAAGGAAUUCAUUGUCAUCCCUUCUAGUCCGGUUGAGUCAUUACCUUAUCGGAAGUUUGAAGCUUUUAUUCAUGGGUUUGGUUAUGAUCAUGUUAUGGAUGAUUAUAAGGUGAUUCGGUAUGUAGAGUUUGAUAGCCUAUCUUUCUAUGACAUUAUGUCUAGGGGCUUGUCUGAGCAAGAGGCUUCAUGGAAAGACGUACCCAUGGAACCCUUAUGGGAGAUAUAUAGUCUAAGAAGCAACUCUUGGAAGAAACUUGAUGUUGACAUGUCUAUGGUGAUGUCCCCUGAAACAAGAGAAGAAACUGUCCGAUUCUACAUGGAUGGAAUGUGUCAUUGGUGGGAUAAAAUUGAAAAAGAUAGUGAUGAUGGUGAAACAUAUUUUGUUUCAUUUGACGUGACCAAUGAAGUGUGUUUUACGACACCCAUGCCCUCGGAUAUUGAUGAUACUUUUGAUAUUAGAUUGGUGAAGAGGCAGUUGGUGAUGUUAAAUCGGUCCAUUGGUUUGAUAUCAUAUAGUGGGGAGACGAAUACCCUUCACGUAUCAAUUUUAGGUGAAAUUGGUGUAAAAGAAUCGUGGACUAAGCUCUUCAUUGUUGGGUCGUUGCCUCAUGUUAAGUAUCCCAUCGAAGCAGGGAAAAAUGGUGACAUAUUCUUCAUAAAAAAAGAUGGAGAACUAGCUUGUUUUAAUUUGGAUACACAGACGAUUAAGGAGCUUGGUGUCGAAGGAGACAUGAGUCAAAUAGUAAUUUAUAAGGAAAGUUUUCAUUCAAUUAGAAGCAUACAUAAUUAACUUUUUCUGUUUGAUUUGACCCAAGAGGACUGUUAUGGAGGUUCUUACUUUUUGUAUUGGAAGUGGCUUGCCGGUUGCACAUAUCAUAUUUGUGAUCAAGUGCUUGGCAAAUUAAGUAACCAUUUGAUAAUAUGAAUUUUGCUUUGUCAAUUUUAUUUUGAAGAUUAACUCUCUUUCUAUUUGCAUAGUGAUGUGGUUUGCAUUUCCA